UUCCUCCGUUGCUAGGAUACAAAGAACAUUAAAGGAUUAGCCCGGUCAUUCUCCGUCGAGUGAAGUUGUGUUUUAGCAGCUUGACCCUGACCCGGUCCAGGUUCGGACGGGUAUGGCUGCGCUUUGCUGUCCGAACUCCAAAGCCCCGACUUCAAAGCAGCGUCGGAGCCGCUCGUAACUCCUUUGAAGCCCACGUGGGGCGCGCGGCUUUAGUGACGACGGGUGGGAAACAUGCGCGUGCUCGGGAGGGACGCUCGGCGUUAAAGCGAGUUCAGAGGGGGGCGUGCCCUCGCGUCAGGAGGAUGGCCACACCUGAGCGCUCAGGUUCAGGAAAUGAUGAGGUUCCGCGUUCCCGCACCGCGCAGGGAGAGCCAGGCCAGCACGCGGGCGGAGGGGAGCAGAGCUCACGCGCCAUGGGGAACAGGGACAGCAGAGUGAGGGUCGAGGAAGGGGGGGAGAAUGAGAUCCCCACGAUCCAAGUCUCGCCCGAGCUUGAAGAUGGAGCCUGCACCCUACCUGAGACACCUGGUACCAAAUCUGGAUCCCAGAUUCACACUGGACUCAUGGAAACCGGUGUCAAACCUGGAUCCCAAUCGGUCCCCUCUAACCUGGCAGUCUUGGAUGUGGCGUGGCAUCAGGACGACUCCGACGAAGGGCGGAGCCAGACUGGCAGCGAGGAUGGCGGCUCGGUCAGGUGCAGCCGCGUACGCUUCCUGCAGGUGAUGAAGGACAGCUCCCUGCAGGUGCGCCGCGGCCUGACCAUACUGCCCCCCAGGGCCGACUCCGACCACGACUCUUUAGGUGAAGAGGAGAGGACGCCGGCGGCGUUGGACCCCCUGGAGCACGAGUGGAUGAUGUGCUCCUCCGACGGGGAGUGGGACAACCUAACCAGGCUGCUGGACCAGGACCCCCACCUCAUCCAGAGGAAGGACUUCGUCACCGGCUUCACCUGCCUGCACUGGGCCGCCAAGCACGGCCGGCCCGAGCUGCUGGUCCAAAUCCUGACCGCGGCCGAGCGGCACUGCAUCGACGUCAGCGUGAACGGCCGCACCAGUGCUGGCUACACCCCGCUUCACCUGGCCGCCAUGCAGGGACACCUGGACGUGCUGAAGCUGCUGGUGGGGGCCUACAACGCCGACGUGAACGUCAGGGACUUCAGCGGCCGCAAGGCCUGCCACUACCUCAACAAAAGCACAGGGGGGGACAUCCAAGACAUCAUCGCGGACGACGAGGCCCCUGACGCCCCCACGGGCGAGAGCGGGCACCCCGCUAGGCCUCACAGCAGCUAUAUGGACAGGGGGGCCCAACUAAGGGGGUCGGUGUUUCUUCGGAGGAGGUCCUCGUUCAGCAGCAUGAGACCCAAACUGCAGAGGCUCCGAGCUCGAGCGUCUCAGCUCGUCCACAGAUCUUCCUUUAGGGACACACCGGAGCCAGGAGGGGCGCCCCCAGGUCCAGACACCCUUCUGUAGCUGAGACCUACGACGAUUUGUGCAAUCCGACACAAAUUUGUCUGCAGACCGACAGGACCUCGCACAUGUGGUUUCUGCAGAUUCAUGUGCAGGCAGACGGCGGCGUUUCGCAAACGCUUGCACAUUCUUUGCAACACCUGAAAAACGCCAUACCACUCCCAGCAGGCUGCAACGUGUCAACCCCACCCUCGACGCUUAGCUGGAAGUGUUUGAGAAAGACGGGAAGAGAGGAUGACUUUACUAAUACUAAUCCUGGUCUCUGUUAUAAUUGAAACACUGACCUCAUUUCUCGACAGCACGUGUCAAAGUCAAGGCCCAGGGGCCGGAUCUGGCCCUCUGGGUAAUUCUAUCCGGCCCUACAGAUUUAUUUUAUCAUUAUAAUGGCCAGAUAUUAUC